AUGGCAAACACUAUUUCGUCUAUUCCUACACUGGAUCUCAAUGAUGGUACCUCGGUCCCUACCAUUGGAUAUGGCACUGGCACCGCGUGGUUUAAGACAUCUGGGGAUACCGGUAUCAAUCAUGAAUUGGUCGAGUCAAUCAAGACAGCAACGAAGUUAGGAUAUCACCACCUCGAUGGGGCUGAAGUCUACCAAACCGAGGAGGAACUGGGUCAAGCAAUCAAAGAGAGCGGGGUAUCUCGAGAGAAACUCAUCGUGACGACUAAGGUUAUCACCAAUAUUGCCGACAUUCCUCAGGCCAUCGAUACCAGUCUCAAGAAGCUUCAGCUUAACUAUGUACUUGGUCCAUGCUCCGUACUUGCAAAGUCCAAGGAAGAGCUUCAAGCUGCCUGGGCAGCCAUGGAGCAAGUAAAGGCAUCUGGGAAAGCCCGGUCUAUUGGCGUGUCCAAUUUCCUACAAAGCGACUUGGAGGCCAUUCUCGAAACCGCUAAGGUGGUACCAUCUGUGAAUCAGAUCGAGUUCCACCCUUACCUUCAACAUGGCAACCUUGUUCCCUACCAAGAGAGUAAAGGUAUCAAGACUGUUAGUUAUGGGGGCCUCACCCCUGCCAUUCGGGCUCAGGGUGGGCCAUUGGGCCCUCUGCUCUCUUCCUUAGCCACUAAAUAUGCAGUCAGCCAGUCCGAAAUCCUGUUACGCUGGAUUAUUGACCGUGGUUGUGUGGCUAUCACCACCAGUGGCAAAGAGUCCCGCCUGAGCAGCUAUUUGCGCACAUUUACCUUUAAACUGACUCCUCAAGAGGUUGAUGAGAUCUCCAAGGUAGGCGAGCAGAAACGUUACCGUGCAUUCUGGCGUGAGAAGUUUGCAGAUGACGAUCGUUCUUGA